AUGGAAGCUCAAUCAAACGAAGAAAACACCGCCGCCGUCACGUCGCCUGUCGCCGCUACGCCGACCGUCGCCGCCACUACGUCGCCUGCUGCCGCCACUACAUCGACCACCACGACGUACACGUCCUCGGAACCUACUGCUACCACGGAGACUUCCGCGGAGACUUCUGCGGAGACUACCACAACAAUUCCAAGGGCGCCGCGCACCACAGCUUCAAAAAAGAAGAAAGAAUUGGCUAAAGCCCGAGAAGAAUUGCUACGCAAGGAGGUAGAACUGGCCGCCGCACGCGUCGCAGCAUUGGAGGCGGACACGGACGACGAAGAGGAGGACGAAAAUGAAGAGGACGCCGCCACAUUAAGAAGAGAGAGGACUACGGACUGGAUUCGCCGGACGAGCACAUUGGCACUCACAAUGGAGCCGCACACAGAGAGGACGACCGCCGACUUGCAUCAGGGGAUUAAUAUCUCAUCGAUACCCGCCGGAGAGGGAACGAAAGCGCCGCAGCCGCAGCCGUGCAGCGACGCAUUCCGACGGGACCAUGCAAGCCACAACGGUCCGAGGGAAGACUCCAUAGCACCGAUGAUGCCAACGAAGAAAGAAGAGGAUUCACUGAAAGGGGGCAUCGACUAUAAGGAAUUGGCGACUGCUAUGACUAUGGCAGCUCGCGCAAUUCAGCCCUCCACAGUGCCGCGAGUCACAGAACUACCACCCUUCAACGGCGCGUCAAGCGAAUGGCUGCCCUGGAAGAUGGCCUACGAAGAGUCUGCGGGGCAGCUGACCGAGCAAGAAAACUUGGGUAGAUUACGUCGGUGUUUAAAGGGUGCGGCCAAAGAGGCUGCACACUGUCUUUUCGUUGGGGAUACGUCUGCAGUAGAAGUAAUACAAUUACUUGCUACGAGGUUCGGCCGUCCAGGAGCACUCGUGAUGGCCGAGAUGAAUAAACUUCGUGCGCUGCCGCGGCUGUCAGACAACCCCAAGGACAUCUGUCUAUUCGCAUCCAGAAUAGCCAAUGUCACUGCAACAAUUCAAGCCCUGAAGAAGAACCACUAUUUGUACAACGAAGAAGUGACAAGAUCCAUCACGGAGAAGAUGCCUUCUGCGCUACGAUUCAAAUACUACGACUUCGUAGCAGAACAGCCAGCUGAUCAACCGGACCUGAUAACGCUCUCCAAGUUCCUGCAAAUCACCGCAGCCAGGUGCGGUGACUUCGCACCCGCCGAAGUAAUAGUAAAUGAAGACCGGCGGGAGCCAGCAACGAAGAGAAGCGUGAAAACAUACAUCACGCAGGAGAAACCGACUUCACCGCCGUGUCCGACGUGCAACAGGGAAGGACACGCACCACCCGAUUGCAUCACUGUGAAGAACGCCGAGCCACAAGCAAGAUGGGAGAUAGCAAAAAAACACAGGCUAUGUUUCCGUUGCCUGAGGAUAAAAAGAUUUCGUCACAACUGCAAGACGAAGAGAUGCAACGUUGGUGGGUGUACACACCUACAUCACCCACUCCUGCACGUCGACACCAUAGAGAAGAAGGACAGCGAGCCCUCCGAUGAUAAAGCAGCCGCAGUCGUCGCGUCUGCGAGAGAAGAUAAGAAGAUCGCAUUCCUCAAGAUAGUGCCGAUACAAGUGAUCGGUCCCAAAGGAACGUGCGAUACAUACGCACUCCUGGACGACGGCGCAACGUGCACCAUCAUCGAAGAAGCAACAGCGAAGCAAAUCGGCGCCACUGGUCCUCCCGCACCCUUCUACAUAGAGGCCGUGGCCGGGACACGCAUAAACGCCGAUGAAUCGAAGCUUGUCCACUUCACAAUACGGGGACGAAGAUCGGAAGAUCAUGCCGUGUCUGCGCGAACCAUGAAGAAACUACUGUUAUCUCCACAAACAGUAUCACGCGGCGCAAUAGAAGACUGUCCACACUUGUACGAUAUAAUAGAUCAGCUGACAUAUGAAGAAGGUCAACCGACGGUUCUGCUGGGUCAAGACAACUGGCAUUUGCUGCUCGCACAUGAAGUCAGAAGAGGCAAUAAGACACAACCGGUCGCAUCACUCACCGACCUGGGUUGGGUGUUGCACGGCACGGGAGCGGCGAGAGCGAGACAGCAAGUGCACAGAAUCAGUCACUUGGUCGACGGGCAAGAAAAUGAAGAAUCCAUAGAGCGAUUAAUGAAAGAACACUUCGCUCUCGAAUCACUGGGCGUCACACCGAGGCGCUACAUACCACCGAGCGCUCCCUUCAUGGGCGGCGCCUGGGAACGACUAGUGCGCAGCGUGAAAACCGCGCUGGCCGCAACGCUGCAUGAACGAGCCCCGAAAGAAGAAGUCCUUCUCACCCUGCUGGUGGAAGUAGAACACACGCUCAACAGUCGACCUCUCACCCACGUGUCGACAUCAGCAGACGACGAGGACGCACUCACCCCCAACCACUUCCUAUUGGGAGGUCCGUCCCGCGUACCACUGCCGGGAGCUUUCGCUGAGGGCGAUACGGCGGGCAGGAAGGAGUGGCGCGCCAGUCAGUGGCUCGCUGACUGCUUCUGGAGGCGCUGGGUAACCGAAUAUUUACCCCAGCUACAACACCGGCGGGAGCCCCGAGCUACACACGGAGUCAUCAAGUUAGAAGACUUGGUGCUGGUGGCAGACGGCAACUUGCCGCGGAACUCCUGGCCGCGCGGCGCGGUGGUGGCUACGUAUCCGGGACCGGAUGGUGAAAUACGGGCGGUCGACGUGCGCACUAACAAGGGGAUACUUCGGCGACCUACGAAGAAAUUAGUAAUCCUGCCAAUCGAGCAACGCGAACUCGAAUUAAAUACAGCUUAG